UAAUUACUUAGGUACUUAUUUCGCAAUUGUCGAUUAAACGAUUUUUUAUCAAUUCAUCUUGAAUAUUGAUGUAAUUUCUUUGCAGUGGAGUGCGCCAAAAUAAUGAAGCUAUACAGUUUUUUGUUUUUGCUUUUCAUUGGAUUUGCGAAUUGCCAAGUCAUAAGCAAUGUCCGCCUGGUUGACCACAUCAGCUAUGUCAUAGACUACAUAACGAAAACUGUUCAAGUUGUCGAAGAAAGGGGAUGGUACAACUUAAAGUUAUAUGAUUAUGUAAUCGAAGUCAAUCAAACUGUCAACAACUUAGAUGUGAUUGGUAAGGUCCAAUAUCGCAAUGGCUUUGUCACAUCCAUACAACGUGUGGACAUUCAGCAGAGUACCGUACAACAAGUUUGGGGCUUCAACUCGACUGCUAAGAAGACCACUGUCUCCGUUCGAGGAACCCUCAGACUACAUGAUGUGGCUGUGGGCUAUGAUGUCACCACGGACAUAGGUGAUGGUGAAGAUGAUGAAAUCGGUCAUUAUACAAUGGAGUUUGUUCAUCCUUUGAUUACGUACGCUUUUUCUGUUAUCAAAGAUGUAAACACAGAUGAGAUAGAAGUGACAGUCGUUGCUAACGUGCCGAGAGUGACCAAUCGCCAAGGAGAAUUUCGACCAAUAGACAGUACAACUGAUAUAUUAACUUCAAUGUUCGAUCCAAAUGUCGGGAUCCCUGCUGGCAUGAUAGGUUGGGCUGACAAAGUAUUCCAACCUAUUGCUUAUGAUCUGGUGACUAAGGAAAUCCAGUUCCCAAGAAUAUGUUACGACUGUACUUAAUAGGACUUGAGAAGAAAAACUGUGAUACUAUUCUGUGAUUUGGUGUUCACCUAAUAUAUUGUUAUUUUUGCUAUAAAAUAUUAAAACAAUCACACAUCG